AUGAAGACUGACUUCAAGUUCUCGAACUUGCUGGGCACCGUCUACUGCCAGGGCAACUUGCUAUUCAGCCCCGAUGGCACCCAUCUCUUCUCGCCUGUGGGCAACCGGGUGACGGUCUUUGACCUGGUCGAGAACAAAUCAUACACUCUUCCCUUUGCACACCGCAAGAACAUCUCGAGAUUAGGACUUACUCCACGGGGCAACAUUCUCCUUACCGUCGACGAGGACGGCCACGCGAUCCUCACGAAUGUCCUCCGUCGCAUCUCCAUCUACCACUUCUCCUUCGGAUCGCCGGUCACAGCGCUCUCCUUUUCCCCGUCCGGCAAGCACUUUGUCAUCGGCCUGGGCCGCAUCACCGAAGUCUGGCACGUGCCUUCGACGCCCGACUCCAACCUCGACGGUGAGCUUGAAUUCGCACCCUUUGUGAGGCACCACAGACACACCGGGCACUUUGAUACCGUGCGGCACAUCGAAUGGUCGAGCGAUUCGAGGUUCUUCCUCACAUCCUCGAGCGACCUGACGGCAAGGAUAUGGAGCGUGGACCCGGAGGAAGGCUUCACGCCGACUGUGCUUUCGGGGCACAAGCAGGCCGUCGUGGGCGCUUGGUUCUCCGAAAACCAAGAAAUCAUCUACACGGCUAGCCAGGAUGGCGCCGUCUUCGAAUGGCGCUACGUGAAGCCCAUCAACGAUGAGAUGAGAGACGAAGAGGACGACGACGAAUCCAACAUGCGAUGGCGAAUCGUCGAGAGGCACUACUUUAUGCAGGGAAGUGCCCAUGUCCAAUGCGCCGCAUUCCACGCACAAACAAACCUGUUGGUCGCCGGUUUCUCCAACGGCACCUUUGGCCUGUACGAAAUGCCCGACUUCAACAACAUCCACAAGCUCAGCAUAUCACAAAACGACAUCGACUUCGUAACGAUCAACAAGACCGGAGAGUGGCUGGCGUUUGGCGCCUCCAAUCUGGGCCAACUGCUCGUCUGGGAGUGGCAGUCGGAGUCGUACAUCCUCAAGCAGCAAGGCCAUUUUGACUCGAUGAACUCGCUUACCUACUCUCCCGACGGCCAUCGAAUCGUGACGACGGCCGACGAUGGCAAGAUCAAAGUCUGGGACAUCGAAUCCGGCUUUUGCAUCGUCACCUUUACCGAGCACACGAGUGGCGUCACCGGCUGCGAGUUUGCGAAAAAGGGCAACGUCCUCUUCACAUCCAGUCUUGACGGCUCCAUUCGGGCUUGGGAUCUCAUCCGCUACAGAAAUUUCCGCACCUUCACGGCGCCGACUCGACUGUCCUUCUCCUGCAUGGCCGUCGACCCGAGCGGAGAGGUCGUCGCGGCAGGAUCUCUCAACUCGUUCGACAUACACAUCUGGUCGGUCCAGACCGGCCAGCUGCUGGACCAGUUGUCUGGGCACGAAGGCCCCGUCUCCGCUUUGGCCUUUGCGCCAAACGGCAGCUCCCUCGUCAGCGGCAGCUGGGAUCGCACGGCGCGAAUCUGGUCCAUCUUCGACCGGACGCAAACGAGCGAGCCGCUUCAGCUCCAGGCAGACGUCUUGGAUAUCGCCGUCCGACCCGAUUCUUUGCAGCUGGCCAUCUCGACCCUCGAUGGACAGCUUACGUUUUGGUCCCUGUCGGACGCCGAACAGGUGGCAGGGUUGGAUGGUCGACGCGACGUGUCCGGCGGCCGAUCACACACGGACCGACGGACUGCCGCCAACGUGGCUGGGACGAAGAGCUUCAACUCGAUCCGGUACAGCAUGGACGGUAGCUGCCUGCUUGCCGGCGGCAACAGCAAAUACAUUUGCCUCUACUCGGUCACGACCAUGGUCCUUCUCAAGAAGUUUACCGUCAGCGUCAACCUGUCGCUGUCAGGCACGCAAGAGUUCCUCAACAGCAAGCUUCUGACGGAGGCCGGCCCCACGGCGGCGCUGGAUGACGAGGAUGGCAAGGGCACGGACAUGGGCUUGCCAGGAUCGAAGCGUGGUGAUCCCUCGGCGAGAAAGAAGCUGCCGGCCGUUCGUGUGAACGGCAUCGGCUUCUCGCCUUCCGGCACGGCAUUCUGCGCCGCCUCUACGGAGGGUCUGCUCAUCUACAGCCUGGACACGACGGUCGCGUUUGACCCCUUCGACCUGAGCAUGGAGAUUACGCCGGCGUCGACGCUGAACGUGCUGGAGAACGAAGGCGACUACCUCAAGGCGCUGGUCAUGGCGUUUCGCCUCAACGAGGCCGGGCUGGUCAAGCGAGUGUUCCAGGCCGUCCCGCCGGCCGACAUCCCGCUCGUCGUGGCCGACCUACCGACGGUCUACGUGUCGCGGCUGUUGCGUUUCGUCGCCGCGCAGACGGAAGAGUCACCCCACAUCGAGUUCUGCCUCGUGUGGAUCAAGGCUCUGGUUGACAAGCACGGCGCGUGGCUGACGGCCAACCGAGGCAAGGUGAACGUUGAGCUGCGGCUGAUCUCGCGCGCCAUCUCUCAGAUGAGGGACGAGAUCAGGAGGCUAGCCGACGAGAAUGUGUACAUGGUAGAUUAUCUGCUGGGCCAAGCCGGCAAGCAGACGCAAAAAGAGAUCGACGGGCCCGGCCAGUCGAGGGAGCGCUCAACGAGGAUCGAUCUGGGUGCAGAGAAUGAUGAAGCGGAUGGGGGGUCGGAUGAGGACGAGUGGAUUGGAUUAGACUAG